CCCAGCCCCAACCCAAGUACCCACUCUUCGCUCUUUCCCCACCCCUGCCGCAGCCGCCAUCCUCGGCAAACGGCAUUCCACCGAGCACCUGGCGCGCAUGGCCGCCAUGGCCCCGCACCGCCUUUCCCAGCCACCGGCGCGCGCCGCCCUUUGCUCCCACCCCACCGCUGCCACCAGGGCUCUCACUAAGCAUCCGUCCACCACCUCCUCCCCUCUCCGCUUUCCACUCCUCCGCUCCGCCGCAGCUGCAGCAACCCGGCCCGUCCGCCUCUCCGCUGCCGCUGCGAUUUCCACGGCCAUCCCCACCACCGCCGCCGCCGCCGCGAUGGACGCCGUGGCGGAGUGGGGGCUCACUCCCCUGUCCGAGGCGGACCCGGAGGUGUACGACCUCAUCGAGCGCGAAAAGCGGCGGCAGCGCGCGGGCAUCGAGCUCAUCGCCUCCGAGAACUUCACCUCGCUCGCCGUCAUGGAGGCGCUCGGCUCCCCGCUCACCAACAAGUACUCGGAGGGCAUGCCGGGGGCGCGCUACUACGGCGGCAACGAGGUCAUCGACGAGGUCGAGGACGUCUGCCGCGGGCGCGCUCUCGCCGCGUUCCACCUCGACCCCGCGGCAUGGGGCGUCAACGUGCAGCCGUACUCGGGCUCGCCGGCGAACUUUGCGGCCUACACCGGCCUGCUCGAGCCCCACGACAGGAUCAUGGGGCUCGACCUGCCGUCCGGGGGACACCUCACCCACGGGUACUACACGGCGGGCGGCAAGAAGAUCUCCGCCACGUCCAUCUACUUCGAGAGCCUGCCGUACAAGGUGAGCUCCGACACCGGGUACGUCGACUACGGCAGGCUGGAGGAGAAGGCAAUGGAUUUCCGCCCCAAGCUCAUCAUCUGCGGCGGAAGUGCGUACCCGCGGGAUUGGGAUUACGCCAGGCUCAGGGCCAUCGCGGACAAGUGUGGUGCCAUGUUGCUCUGCGACAUGGCUCAUAUAAGUGGUCUCGUCGCUGCACAGGAGGCUUCAAAUCCUUUUGAGUACUCUGAUGUGGUUACCACUACCACCCACAAGAGUCUUCGAGGGCCAAGGUCUGGUAUGAUCUUCUACAGGAAGGGCCUGAAGCCUCCUAAAAAAGGCCAGCCUGAGGGUGCUCUGUAUGACUAUGAGGAUAAGAUCAACUUUGCAGUGUUCCCAUCACUCCAGGGGGGGCCUCACAAUCACCAGAUUGCUGCGCUGGCCGUAGCCCUGAAGCAGGCCAUGUCACCUGGAUUCAAGGCCUAUAUCCAGCAGGUCAAGGCAAACGCUGUUGCCCUUGGAAACCAUUUGAUGAGUAAGGGCUACAAGCUGGUUACUGAUGGAACAGAGAACCACCUUGUUCUCUGGGAUCUCCGUCCUCUUGGCUUGACUGGUAACAAAGUUGAAAAGCUCUGUGACCUAUGCAGCAUCACACUGAACAAAAAUGCUGUCUUCGGUGACAGCAGUGCGUUGUCACCUGGUGGUGUCCGCAUUGGUACACCUGCAAUGACCUCGAGGGGUUUGGUCGAGGAGGACUUUGUGCAGGUCGCCGAGUACCUUCAUCACGCGGUGACCAUCUGCCUGAACGUCCAGGACAAACAUGGCAAGCUUCUCAAGAACUUCGAUAAGGGCUUAGUGAACAACAAGGACAUUGGAAACCUGAAGGUGGAGGUUGAGAAGUUUGCCACUUCAUUUGAGAUGCCUGGCUUCAGGGUGUCUGACAUGAAGUACAAGGAUUAAAUUGCGAGAUUGGUGCAAAUCUUUUUUCCUGUUGGGAAACAUUGACGCUCCUGAAACCCGAUUGCUGUGGCAUGAAUCGUGGUGUCUGAAUUUUGUUUAACUGGAGUUAGCACAUAAUUGCUCUGUUUAGUGUCGCGUGUCGCCCUUUGUGCUGGUGUGCUAUUGGAUCGUUUCAUUUUUAUGAAAUUGUUAAUGGUAUGAUUAGAGAAUAAUAAUUGAGAGCAUACCAUGACAUGCAUACCAUGACAUGGGAGAUAAUUCUGCUCACCAUGGUCUUAUAAGAGUUUGGCGAUAAAGCAAA